CAAAUCAAAAACCCCUUUACUUUCUCUCUCCUCUUUCUCUCUCUUAAUGUGACGGAAAAACGAAACCCUAGCUCUACGUUCUAUCUGGAAAAAUCCCUAAUUACUUGCGAAUUUCGUUAAAUUAAUUUGGGGCUAACGCCGGAAAAAUCUCAGAUUUAAACCCUAAGCUACAAUAACGAUGAUCUUUGUUGAUUCCUGGAGGGUGAAAUGAAUUUUAAGAUCUGAUUUUUUGGUACGGACAUGAAUGGUGGGCAUGUAGGCUGGGGAUUUUGGGUUAUAAUUAGUAGAAUAAUUGCAUGUUAAUGGAAGAUAGAGCAGAAAAGGUUAAUGGUACUGAAAAUGCUGAGAAAUCUAUGUCAUUGGAUCUGCAAAGGGUAUAUAAUCAGAAGCCCUGGGUUUCUGCUGUUAAAAAGCGGGGUUCCCGGAAUGGGAGUGGUGGUAGUGGUAAUGGUGUGAAGCGAAAACUCGAUUCUAGUGAUCAAAAUGAGGCUAGGAAGAGGAGUAAAAAGGAGGUUUUACUGAGUAGUCUGUCGAAUGGGAAGAAGGAGAAGAAGAGUGUUAGUGAAGUUUGUAAGAGUGGGUUGAAUUCUGCUGACUUGGGAAAUCAGGUGUCACGGGAGGAAUCAGGAGUGGAUGGUGGCGGUGCUGGUUAUGGUGGCAUUUCUCUUAACUUGAACAGUAAUGUCACUAUUCCCAAGCGGCCUCGAGAUUUGGUCCGGAGAAAGAAGGUUGAGGUCGACCGUGUGUCAAAGCAAGAGGGAACAUCAAGCAGCAAAGCAAGUUCAACAGAAGGGGAAGGCAAGCUGAGUGGCAAUGCAGGUGGUAUAUUAUCACAAAAUGGCAUUGCUAAUGGCAAAGUGGCACAGAAUGGUGAAUCUGAGGGUACUUCUAAUGGCUGUGUGAUCGCGAAGGUGAAAAGGAAAAAGAAUCCUCAUGAUCAUAAAGAAAAUAGGUCUAGUAGUCCUGACUUGCUUCGGCAUUUGAAGAGAGAUGAUUCUCAUUCUUCUCUAGGCAAUAGCGAUUCAGUGACCAAGAAAGCUAGAAGAAGCCAUAAGAAAAAUAUUGAUUCUAUAACCAGAAGUCCUGGGUUGACGGUGGAAGUUAAGCCUUCCCUCGAUGAGUCGAGUAAGAUUUGUGAUGAUUCUUUGGAUGAUGAGGAAAAUCUUGAGGCAAAUGCAGCAAGGAUGCUUUCAUCUCGUUUUGAUCCAAGCUGCACAGGAUUUUCUUCGGGAGGCAAGAGCUCUAAUUUGCCAUCUGCAAAUGGGUUGUCAGCAUUGACCUCUUCCAGUAGAGAUCUGGCUACUGCACAUGCUAACUCUAGAGACGAGGCAGAUAUUGAAGUUAGUGAUGCUGAGGCUAGAGUUCUGCGACCGAGGGAGCAGCAGAAAGGCAAACGGCGUCGUUUUUAUGAAGUUUUUUCUAGGGAUUUGGAUUCUUAUUGGGUAAUUAACCGAAGGAUCAAGGUGUUCUGGCCAUUGGACCAGAGGUGGUAUUUUGGUCACGUCACUGGUUAUGACCCAGAGAGAAAUCUUCAUCACGUUAAAUAUGAUGAUCGUGAUGAAGAAUGGAUUGACCUGCAACAUGAGAGGUUCAAGCUCUUUCUAUUACCAAGUGAGGUGCCUGGAAAGGGUGGGAGGAAAAGGUCAACAGCACAAUUAGGAAAGGGGGAGCCUGGUGAUACUGCUGAUGCAACGGAGUCUGAGCCUAUUAUUUCAUGGUUGGCUCGAUUUGGUCAUCAAAAACCACCACCCACUGGAACGAAGAAGAAAAAGAGAAGUCCGCUUGAAUAUGCAAAAUCUCAAUCAUCUUCCAUUUCUGAAGUGAAAAUUGAGCCGCGGGGAAGCCUGGACAUGGUUGUUUCUGGGCGUGAUGCUGAUGACUAUACUUGUAGUUCUGGAUUGCCAAAUAAUUCAGUUGAUUCCUUAAUGGAGAGGAGGCCAAUUGCAGACAAUUUUAUUUCCGAUAAUGAUAGAGGUCCAAUAGUUUAUGUUAGGAGGCGGUUUCACAAAAAAGAACAGCCACCAUCCGAGAAGCCUCGAGUAUUUGGAAAUGCAUCCGAUUUUGUUGAUUCUAUAGAAUUUGGUGCCGAAAUGUCACUUUCAGUUGGCGAAUGUUUUCACCAUGCCUAUAGAUUGAGCAAUGACGAGCUCAUUUGGGACACUGAUUGUUCUGGGAUUCUGAAGCUGAUUAUUCCCAUCACAAGUUUAAAGGUGUUUAAAUUUGAUUUGAGCUAUCCUUUGCCAGUUUUGAUCAGCAGUGUAGUUGAAUGGCAGAGGUACUUGUUCAUGCUUCAACAUGGCACUUUGAUCUCUACAUGGCCUAUGGUUAAUUUGGAGAUACUUUUUGUUGAUAAUGCUGCUGGUCUGCGGUUUCUCUUGUUUGAAGGUUGCAUGAACCAGGCAGUCUCCUUUGUUUUCUUGGUCUUGGGUGUGUUUUGUCAGUCUGAUCAGAAAGAAAGGCAUGAUGAUCAGCAGCUUCCUGCGACCUCAAUUAGGUUCAGAUUCUCUGGCUUGCAGGAUCUUGGAAAGCAGCUUGCAUUCACAUUUUACAACUUCAGUGAGAUGGCAAAUUCCAAGUGGUUGUAUAUUGACAGAAAGCUGAAGAAGCAUUGUACGCUCACCAAGGAACUGCCACCGUCUGAAUGCACUUAUGAUAAUAUUAAAAUGCUCCGGAAUGGUUCUAAUCAGUGGAAAUUGACCAAUGUUUCCCAGAAGCUCUCUUCAGUGUUGAACCUAAACAAAAGAUCUAGGCAGCAUGGAACAAGCUUUUCUUCUAGGCAGUCUGCUUGUGUCAAGUUGAGCCGACUAGCUUUUGAUAGUGACGAAAAAAAUGGAAGACUUCCUUCAUUUGCUCUUUCAUUUUCUGCUGCACCUUCGUUCUUUAUUAGUCUACAUUUGAGACUAUUAAUGGAGCGCAGCAUUCCUUCUUCCAGCUUUAGGGUGCAAGAUCCUGUUUAUUUGAUGGAUCAUCCAGAUGAUGAGGUUGGAUUGGUCGGUGUCAACACAUGUCCAGUUAACGAUAAUUCUGUGUUAUCUUCACUUUCAUUAGCUGAUGAUUCGGUGGUCUUGCCACUUGGUAGAGCUGAGUCUGGUUCUUGUUUAAAUGUUGAUCAUGGGAUCAAUAAUCUCUCUGCAGAUCUUGGUGAAGGAAUGCCUUUGAAGCCUCAAAGCUCUCAAGGUUUUGUAGACAAUGAAACUCAUAGCAUGCUUCAGGCAGAAGAUGGGAAAGCUCAGCUAAUUGAGAGUGAACAAAGGCUUUCAUCAGCAAAGCCAUUAGAUGCCAAUGGCUUGACCAUAGACAUUCAACCAUUUGUUCCGGUUGAAAGGAAUGCUGAUGCUGUUGUGCAAAACGUUCAAAAUUUUACUGGUUCAGCUUUAGAUACCAAUGAUGGGAUAUGUAGUCCAAAUCUCACUGCUUCUCAAAGUAUGUGGGAUAAGAGUAGAAUUGGUCAUACUUGUUCUUCGGCUUCUGCAAUUCACUCUCCGGGUUGGAUUGACGGGAAACAAGACUUUCUCCGUAGUGGCUUUGGCAAUGGACCUAAGAAGCCACGGACUCAGGUUUCAUAUUCUCUGCCAUUUGGAGGACAGGAUUUUAACUCUAAGAAUAAAUUUCAUCAGUCAAAAGGCUUUUCUCAUAAACGCAUUAGAAGAGCUAGUGAGAAGAAGACAUCUGAAGCUUUUGGGACUUCUCAAAAAAAUAUGGAAUUGUGUUCUUGUGAGGCAAAUCUUUUGGUGACUGUUGGGGACCGAGGGUGGAGAGAAUGUGGGGCAAGAAUUGUUCUUGAGCUUUUUGAUCAUAAUGAGUGGAGGCUUGGUGUAAAAAUUUCAGGGGACACCAAAUAUUCUUACAAAGCACACCAGUUUGUGCAACCUGGAACAACAAAUCGCUACACACAUGCUAUGAUGUGGAAAGGAGGAAAGGAUUGGAUCUUGGAAUUUCCAGACCGUUCUCAGUGGACACUUUUUAAGGAGAUGCAUGAAGAAUGCUAUAAUAGGAACUUUCGUGCCGCAUCUGUGAAAAAUAUUCCCAUUCCUGGGGUUCGUAUGGUUGAAGAAAAUGACGAUAAUGUGCCUGAAGUACCAUUUGUUCGGCCUUCUCUCAAAUACUAUAGACAGUUGGAAACAGAUAUUGAAAUUGCUAUGAAUUCAUCUCGUGUUUUGUAUGAUAUGGACAGUGAUGAUGAGCGGUGGAUUAUGAAACACAGACACUUAGAUUGUAAUGUAGGGGGCUGUGGGAAUAUCUCUGAUGAGAUGUUUGAGAAGACUAUUGACGUGCUUGAGAAAUUUGCGUGUUCCAAACAGCGUGAUGACUUUAGUUUGGAUGAGUUGGAGGAAUUUACAGCUGAGGUUGGGCCAUUCGAAGCAAUUAAAAUCAUUUAUGAGUACUGGAAGGAGAAACGACAGAUAAAGGGGUUGCCUUUGGUCCGGCAUCUACAGCCUCCACUCUGGGAAAAGUAUCAGCAGCAAGUAAAAGAAUGGGAACAAGUGAUGGCAAAGAGUAACCUGGCCCUUUCCAGUGGGUGCCAGGAGAAACCCUUGACCAUUGAGAAGCCUCCAAUGUUUGCUUUCUGUUUGAAACCGCGAGGAUUGGAAUUGCCAAAUAGAGGGUCGAAACAGAGGUCACAAAAGAGACUUCCAGUUGGUGCACUGAGCAAUGGUAUUUCAGGAGAUACAGAUGCUUUUCACUCUCUAGUUGGCCGAAGACUAAAUGGUUUCACUUUUGGGGAUGAAAGAUUUGGCUACAAUGCCUAUAAUCAAGGGACAUCUGACUCUUCUCCUGUUCUUCAGGGAUCAUCAAGAAUGUUCUCACCCAGGGAUUCUGGGGGUGGGGGAUACUUUUCUUUGAGUAGUGAUGGGUAUGAGAGGAAUCAUUACCCGAAACUCUAUAGAAAUAAGUCCAAAAAGCUAUGCUUUAUACCAUCCUCCAAUGAUCAGCAGCCAUCUUCCUACAGCCAGAGAACUCCAGGCAAGAGAGGUCCAGUAAAUUUAUGGGGUUCUUCUGAAUGGCCCAGUCAAAUGCUUUACCAGACAGAUGGGUUCCAAAGGCACAACUUUGAGCAUCUGGAUCCUUCAGAGCUUGAUGAGUUUAGACUGCGUGAUGCAGCAAGUGCUGCUCGACAUGCCGUCACUAUAGCUAAGAUGAAAAGGGAGAAUGCUCAGAGAAUGCUUUGUAGAGCAGAUCUGGCAAUGCACAAGGCAGUGGCUGCUAUUAUGACUGCUGAGGCUGUUAAAGCUUCAUACGGGAAGCAAAAUAGUGAUGCUCAGAAGAGUGGGUGAAGUCUUUUUCUGAUUUCAAGAGCUCUCUUUCACAUAAGAUUUCUACUCUCAAAUGUUUCAGGAAUGGAACCGAUGGUUGCUGAGAUGAUGUGGUUUAUUCUCGUGUUGACUGGAAUUUGUAGAUACAGAAGUCCUCUAACUUGCUAUGAGGUUGACUAAGAGGGGUUUAUGCUACUUUGCUGAUUGACGCCAGACUUUUCAGCUCACUAGAUUUUAUAUUGAGACAAUAACAGUGGGGGGUUUGCUGUUAGUUUGCUGACCUGCUGGUUUUCUCAUUUAACUGAAAAGUCUGAAACCCUUGUCCUGUUUGUGCAGGUAAAUGGGUGCUUGAAAUUUUUGUUGCCCUUGUACAGAUUUUUUUUUUUUUUUUUUUUUCAUUUCACAGUUUCUUUCCAUAGCCUUUAGUUUAGCAUUAAAGGAGCGUGCUAAAUAAUAGAAUACACUCCUUGAGAUGUUAGAACAUCUGAUUGGAUUUUAGUGUCUUAUUAUCCAGAGCUUAUAUAGGAAAUUUAUAUCCAGAAGGUAGAGAAUUGUAAGUAAAAUGCUUUGAAAGUUGAAAAAUAUAUGAGAGUCCAAUUAUCCAUUGCUUCUCUUUCCAAAUUCUUCAUUAUGCAGCAUUUAGUGCUGCCUUAUUUUUGUUUUCAUUUUUGCCCUUCCCGUGUGAAUUUAACUCUCUUGAAGCAUUAUCAUUGCUGAUCGGAUUCUGUUUUCGUCUUUUUGGGUUGUAUGGGUGCUAAUUUUUCUUGGCAGAAAAAAUUAGUUUACUCCAUGCUAGUCUUUCACUGAGCAUGUGAGGUAUUCAGGUAAUCUUUUGCAUAGUUCUUGAACUUUCCUUUUCUCUCCUUUUCCUGUCUAACCUCUUCUCUCUUCCUAUAUUGCUUUCCCACAUAUAUUUUUGAAAUAAUAAUCUUGUGGAAGCUUGUUCGAGCAAAUUUUUUAUUUCAGUUUGUUGGACUGCUGUUUGUUUUUGGCAGACUGCUAUGUGUUUUGGCGUUUGCGGAGAGAAUCAGGGGAUGGGGUGUGAAGGGGUGUUUUGUGGGAUUAAAAGAAAAAUGAUUCACCUGUUGCAGGACAAGCCUUCACUUUUCGUGGAUGGGAUAAUGCAUAAUUGUUACAGGCUUCAGUAGCAUAUGUAAUUUCAAGUCAUGUCUUUAUACUGUGUUCCAAUCAUAUUGUGUUUGGGUUAGUUACUUAGUGAAGCUGGUUCAGUUUGUUUGUUUGUUUGUUUGGUGUUUUUUCUUUUUGUUUUGUGUGUGUGUGUGUGUGUGUGUGUGUUCGCUGUCUUCUGUGCUAUAAUAUAUAACACUCAUCUCUUAAGUUUUACCUUCCAAUUCCACUUCUUUCUCAAUGUGCACCUGUUGAUACUGACAUGAUGUGAAUAGGCCACCGCCACUUUCGGAGCACUGAACUGGUGAACUGUUACUAUCUUGAAGGUCUGAUUUGACUUUGUGUGAGGUAGCUGGAAUAUUUUCUAAGCUGGCUAUGACUUCACUUAAUGUUGAUUUUUUUUUUGGGAGUUGGUUUUGUAGAUUUUCGACCUUAGAUGUUUCGUGAUGAAACUGCUCAUAGUAAAUGUAAUUAGUCUUUGUGAUAAUGCAGUGAAUUGUUUUUGAUAAUGCAGUUGUUGAUUACAGCAUAAUCCAGUGGUUGGUUACA